UUAGUUAUGGAAUAUGCCGAUAGUGGCACUCUUCGAGAUUAUUUAAAAGAGAAUUUUGAUAAUCUCACUUGGAAUGAAAAGUUAAAACUGGCGUUCCAAUUGACUCAUGCGGUAUCAUGUCUACACGACGAAGGGAUUGUGCAUAGAGAUUUGCACUCCAAUAAUGUACUAGUCCAUCAAAACACUAUCAAACUGGCUGAUUUUGGAUUAUCAAGAAGGAUUGAAGAAAUGACCAAUUAUCAAGAAAGAUUGUUUGGAGUGAUUCCUUAUGUUGACCCAAAAGUAUUGGUUAAUCAAAGAAAUGAUGACAAUCAACAAUCAUACUCAUUAGAUGAAAAGAGUGACGUUUACAGUAUUGGUAUUCUCUUAUGGGAAAUAUCCAGCGGUCAUCCACCUUUUCAUGAUAAACCAUAUGAUCAAAGUUUGGCCAUAGAAAUUUUACAAGGUCUCAGAGAAAACCCUAUUCCUGAUACACCCGAAAAUUAUAUGAAUAUUUAUACAGGUAAAUGUAAAUAUAAAUUUAUUUAUUAA